CGUAUGUUGUUCCUGGUUCUUCUUCAGCGUUGACCCUUUUGAAAAGCCAAAGUGCUUUUGUCUAUCAAAGAUGCCGCCGAAGGAGAAGAAGAAGAAACGCACCAACAAGCCCAGUCCGAUUGAACGUAUGAAAGAAGCGUUUGGCAUCAUGAACUUGGAUGACGACAGGAGCAUCUCCAAGGAGGAGUUCCAGAAGGCGAUGGCUUCCCUUGGUUUGGAGGGGCGAGAGGUGGACAACUUGUUCAGAAGGUUUGAUCCGGACAAGAGCGGAUAUCUCGACAAGGAGGAGUUCUUCGCCUAUGCCGCUAAAGGCACUGGCGAUUUGCACGCCAUGCUGAAGCGCGGCUUGGCCGCGGAGGAUGAGGCGGAAGAGACCAUCAUGAAGGCCUUUGAGGCCUGGGACGUGAAUCAGGAUGGGAAGAUCACCAAGGAGGAGCUGGAACGCGUCUUGGUGAUGCUGAAUCCUGCCUUUACAAAGAAGGACUUGACGAAGCUGAUGAAGGCCAUGGAUGAGAACGAGGAUGGUGAAAUCGAUUACGAGGAGUUCACCAACUGGAUUUGCAGCAAGCACGGCACGAAGAAGAAGUGAUCGGAGUGAUUUUUUCAACAAAUGCUGAGACAGCUUCCCAAGUGAGUCAAUC